AGAAUGUGCCGGCGGUGUUCAAGUGGCUCCCGAAAGCUUCCCUCAUUAAGCAGUCGUUCGAGGCGCUGUGCGUGAAUGAGUUCCCCGGGCUGAAGUUCGAUGCGGAUGUCAACGGAGGCGGUAUGCGGGACGGCGACCAGGUGCUUCAAUGGCUGUCCUUUAACAAGAGCUCCAUCACCGGCUGUUGCACAGCCCAGGCCCGCAUACUGCUGUUUUAUUACUGGAUAACCUUUUGCAUCUUGAGGGCCUCGCAGCCAAGGCAGCUGCAAGCGUUGCCCAUGCUGCUGCUGAUGAUGAUGAUGAGGAGGAGGAGGAAGUUUUAG